CUCCCCUUUGCCCUUCCGUGGAACAAGUUCGGCCCAAUGCGUUGGUCACUUGUGGGUUACUGGGAUGAUCCCUUCUGUCUUGCUUACUGGGUUUGGUCUUUAUUUCCCCAAUCGGAAUCCGGGAAGUUAGACGAAUAAGUGAGGGUUGGACUAGAAGCGGUAAUAUCGUUGUGGGCCUAUGCGCUGGGAUUACGGAUUCACCCCGGUUUCCCUGGGCGAUUAGGUGAGGUGGGGAGAGAGGAUGGUGUUAGCGAGAUGGGUUGCCUUGCGUGGCGAGUUGGGAAAGUGCUUGGUGCUGGUGGUUUACAGAGGGUACUUGUGAGGUGCGUUAUCGUGAUCACGUGGAUGGUGUCUUAUCGUGAGGUGCGCGAUAACAGCGACCUAAGGGGAGAGAGAGAGGGAGAGAUGGGUGUGCUACUAUACGCCAGACACACGACAAGCAGUGGUGACGAUGCAAGCCGUGGUAUAGAUUUCGCAUCAUACAUAAUAAAUGUCUGAAUUUCAUAGUCGCAGGCUUCUGCGCACUCCGUCACCCCCACUCCGUCGUGCUUCCCUCGCUCCAUCUACAGCAGUAGUACAUAAACGCGCAAUAUUGCCCUUAGUACUACUCCUUGUUCUUGUCCAUCUCUCAGCUGUCUUGUAUACGCUUCCGCUUAAUCGGGUGAUUGAACUCCGACUAUGUCAGGCGCAUUACGAGCUGCGUGAUCCAUCGACUAUACAGCCAGAUGGCUCGAUACCAGAGAAGCUGUGUAAAAUAGAUGAUGUGCAGCGUCGCCUUGCGUGGCUGCAAGGGACUAUGGAGACAACGCUUGUUGUUUGCGGUAUGUGGGUGUUCAUUUUUACUUGUUCUCCCCGCUUUGUUGCUGAGCGAUGGGGCGUCAAGAUUGUACUGUUGUGUAAUUUGAUGCCGAGGAUUUUCAUGAGUGCUUGGGCUAUGCUUGUUGGUAAUUAUCCGCAUAUCCUCCCGACCAACGCCAUCAUUGCCGGCCCAUUCUUCAAUGUUCUUGGAGGCGAAUGUGUAUUUCAGUCUACCAUCUUCACUUUGACUUCAGCCUUAGCUAGUGAAUAUGUGGAACGGGCAUCCUACUUCUCCUACAUAAGCUCAACAUCCUACAUUGUCUCCUUCCUGGGACCAACUCUCGCCGCAUUCACCAUGAACAACAGUCCCUGGCUCCCCUUCUGGCUCAACAUCGCUCUUCUCCUCUGCGCCAUACCAACUAUCAGCUUGCUCCCUUCGAUUUCAAAAACACCAACUCUCUCUAUGGCCCCAGAUUCCAUUCCCCAAGACCCAGACGAAGAAGCUGGACCGUUGCUUCAAGGCAGAACCACCAGACAUGCCGAGGACUUCGAAACGCAUGCUAGCUUUUUACAAAGUAUAUUGCAUGCAACGCGCAAAAUGAGGCGUUUGGUUACUGGCCGCCGCAAAUUCCAAAUCCUGCUUUGCUCCUUUUUUCUUACUGCGCUGGCAAGUUCGGAUACGAAGUUGCUGGUGCAAUAUAUUUCCAAGCGGUAUGAAUGGACUUUUGCACAGGCAGGCUACAUGCUCUCCGCCAAAGCACUGGUGAAUUUCACAUUACUGGCUAUAAUCGUGCCACGCAUCAUUCGGAACUCCAUGUCAUCCAAGACGGUCCAUGGGUCUGAAGUGCGGCUUAAUAUCAUAGGUGCAGAAGUGAGCAUUGCGGUCUCGGUGGCAGGCGUGCUAUGUGUGGCACUAGCGUUCAGGUUUUGGAUGCUACUUGCUGCUUUGAUUGUAUAUGCACUUGGCUCUGCGCUGCCGGUUUUUACAAUGUCGCUGGUCAAGUCACCUCUUAUUGCGCUGGCGCAUUCAGAUGUCCAGGACUUCAGUAUAGUCAUGUUGACAAAGACGCUUGGGUCGCUAGUCGGCGCUCCUUUGAUGACUGUACUGUGGGUACAGGCUAUAAAACUUGGGGGUAUUGGUGUUGGCCUACCGUACUUUUUCUCUGCUUGUAUAUAUCUUGUUGCAGCAUUCGUCAUUUCGCGCUUGAGGAACUAGAAAAAUUGAUUUGAUAUUAACUGGAGAUGUACAUUCAGAUUAGCCUUGCUUCUCAACUUAAAUAACUAGAACAGCAACAAGAGCAGCGAAAAUCGACAUGAUCCAUG